GAUUAAUAGCUACUGUAAGAAGGAGGUGGAUCAGUAUUCGUCAUCUUGGCAUCUCAUGGAGGAGGAAGAGGAGAAGAGAGGAGAGAAGGAAGAAGAGAGGGGACACAGUACGCAGCAGCUGUUUCAACGGGAAGGGUCGAAGGCCGACACCGACGCGAUCGACGGGUCAUCGUCUUCGUCGCUACCGGUGCUGGAGCUCAACCUCAUCGGGUCGCUUGCCUCGGCGAACCCCGAGCCGCUGGAGGAGGAGCCGCGGGUGUUCUCAUGCAACUACUGCAGGAGGAAGUUCUACAGUUCUCAGGCGCUCGGCGGGCACCAGAACGCGCACAAGCGCGAGCGCAACCUUGCCAAGCGCGGUGGCGCAGCCGUGGCGUUCGGUGAUCAUGCCGGCGCUAGUGGAGCCGGUUACAGGUUUCCGGUAAACCUAGCAAACUUACCCCGACAAGGGUUGUACGCCGGCAGGCCGAUUGACAUCCAGGUGCACUCGAUGAUUCAUAAGCCGUAUACCGGAGCACCAACGUCGGCGGCGGGUACCUCGUUGAUCUACGGGCGACACGCGUGGUCGCAGCCUCCGAUGGCCGAUCGUCAACCAGCCAUAGGACGGCUGCUCACGGAAGAGUUCUACGGCACAGGAAGAGCACAGGUGGCGGCCAAGUUCGAUGAGGCGGCUGCGGCAGUGGGAGGGAAGCCGCGUGUCAGUGGCGGCGGUGGUGGUGAGGAGUUGCCUAAGCUUGACUUGUCUCUAAAGCUCUAG